GGCACAGCAGCGAUGGCGGCCUUCAGUGCAGCUCGGAACAGUUGUGGUCUGAUCAAUGGUUUGAGGGUUUCUUUUAGGAGCCUGGCGCAACUGAAACAUGGAGCUGCGUCUGCAUCAAUGUCGCAGACGGGACGGGACUGCCGCUGGUACUCGGUCAGCCACCUGUCCGUGAAGCAGAGGAUUGAGAAUAAACGCGAGGCAGCGCUGGUCGGGGGAGGUCAGAAGAGAAUAGAUGCCCAGCACAAGCGGGGGAAGCUGACAGCCAGGGAGCGAGUGGAGCUCCUGCUGGACCAGGAGUCCUUUGUGGAGACGGACAUGUUCGUGGAGCAUCGCUGCGCUGACUUCGGCAUGGAGCAGGACAGUAACAAGUUCCCUGGCGACAGCGUGGUGACGGGCCGUGGCAGGAUCAACGGCAGGCUCGUUUACGUGUUCAGUCAGGACUUCACUGUGUUCGGUGGCAGCUUGUCCGGAGCUCACGCCCAGAAGAUUUGCAAGAUAAUGGACCAGGCCAUGACGGUUGGGGCUCCCGUCAUCGGGCUCAACGACUCUGGGGGAGCUCGGAUCCAGGAGGGGGUGGAGUCUCUAGCUGGAUAUGCUGAUAUAUUCCUGAGGAAUGUGUUGGCUUCAGGAGUCGUCCCGCAGAUCUCCCUCAUCAUGGGUCCCUGUGCUGGGGGGGCCGUCUACUCCCCUGCCCUGACAGAUUUCACCUUCAUGGUUAAGGACACGUCGUACCUGUUCAUCACGGGCCCAGACGUGGUGAAGUCUGUCACCAAUGAAGAUGUGACUCAAGAGGAGCUCGGUGGAGCCAAAACUCAUACUACUGUAUCUGGUGUCGCCCACCGAGCGUUUGAGAACGACGUGGAGGCUUUGCUGAACCUGCGAGAGUUCUUCAACUUCCUGCCACUCAGCAACCAGGACCCCGCCCCCAUCAGGGAGUGCCACGACCCUCGCGAUCGAUCGGUGAAGUCAUUGGACACCAUUGUCCCAUCAGAGUCCACGAAAGCCUACGACAUGUUGGACAUCAUUCAUGCGAUCGUGGAUGAGAGGGAUUUCUUUGAGAUCAUGCCCAAUUAUGCCAAAAACAUAGUCGUGGGAUUCGCCAGAAUGAAUGGACGCACCGUGGGCAUUGUGGGUAAUCAGCCAAAAGUGGCUUCCGGUUGUUUGGACAUCAACUCCUCAGUGAAGGGAGCCCGCUUUGUCCGCUUUUGUGACGCCUUCAACAUUCCCAUCAUUACCUUUGUGGAUGUGCCAGGUUUCCUGCCAGGUACGUCUCAGGAGUACGGAGGGAUCAUCAGACAUGGGGCCAAGCUCUUGUAUGCCUUCGCCGAAGCCACCGUUCCCAAAAUAACCGUCAUCACCAGAAAGGCGUACGGAGGAGCUUAUGAUGUAAUGAGCUCCAAACACUUGAGGGGAGACGUGAACUACGCCUGGCCCACGGCUGAAGUUGCUGUCAUGGGUGCUAAGGGCGCCGUUCAGAUCAUCUUCAGAGGAAAGGAAAACCAGGCCGAAGCCGAGGCUGAAUACGUGGAUAAGUUCGCCAACCCGUUCCCAGCUGCCGUCAGAGGUUUUGUUGAUGACAUCAUCGAGCCAGCGACCACACGUAAGAAGAUCUGCGAUGAUCUGGACGUGCUGGCCAGCAAGAAGCAGGUCAACCCCUGGAAGAAGCAUGCCAACAUUCCUCUGUGAAACCCAGAUUGGCGCCGCUCGUUCACACUACCAACACCUGUGUUUUUUUUCUUUCUACGUUGUAAUGAACUGCAGCGGCGAUGACUUCAGAAAGCUGCUGUGGAGAUUUAAGUCAUCAUAAUGUUUACCACUCCACUAAAAGCAUAAGUAAAGACCCCCCCUCAACUCGGUUUCCUGCAAACAUCACUGUUUAUGUUUCAAACCAUUUGGAUUUGGAGGAACUUUGGGUCCUGUGAUGGAAAUCAGACCACGUAGCUUUCCAUUUUUAGUCUGAUAUGCAAAAUAUUGAGGGGAAAUUCCUUCAAAAGACCUGAACUCAGUAAUAAUCAUGUCAGCAGUGACCAUAUUGGCCACUAUUGUUGAUUUUCCCUUUUUAUUCUUUAGGAACAAGGUUAUAUCUGAAAGAGCAGACUUCAUAAACAUCUUAAAAACGGUCACUGUGACCGUUUUUACGCACCUCUGUUUGUGUACUGUGUUUGGGUUUUUUGCAGUACUUUCAGAUGCACUUUGUCAUCUUUUUAAGGUCAUAAAAAGUCAUUUCUCAAAACCUGGAACUGUGCCUUUUUCUCUGCGGUGGCUGUCCACCCUGCCGUCUGUAAAAUAAAUUGUGUAUUCAGUAA